AUGCUCGGUCGUCACAGAAACCGAAGGGAGAUGGGACAAAGGUCUCCCCCAUGCAGCUCCUGUGACACUGCCACCAUGGGAGAAACCCCCCCCUCUUGGGGGGUGCAGGAGAGCUGCAAGGAGAAGCUCUGGGGGUACAGGGAAAUGGAGGCGGUGAAGGGGAGAAGAGGUGCUGGCGGCGAGAAGGCACCGGGGCACCCACCCGCGGGAUGCCGGCGCUGCUGCCCGGCCCCUCUGCUCGCCCCCCGCCCCCCCCCCCCCCCCCCCCCCCCCCCCCCCCCCCCCCCCCCCCCCCCCCCCCCCCCCCCCCCCCCCCCCCCCCCCCCCCCCCCCCCCCCCCCCCCCCCCCCCCCCCCCCCCCCCCCCCCCCCCCCCCCCCCCCCCCCCCCCCCCCCCCCCCCCCCCCCCCCCCCCCCCCCCCCCCCCCCCCCCCCCCCCCCCCCCCCCCCCCCCCCCCCCCCCCCCCCCCCCCCCCCCCCCCCCCCCCCCCCCCCCCCCCCCCCCCCCCCCCCCCCCCCCCCCCCCCCCCCCCCCCCCCCCCCCCCCCCCCCCCCCCCCCCCCCCCCCCCCCCCCCCCCCCCCCCCCCCCCCCCCCCCCCCCCCCCCCCCCCCCCCCCCCCCCCCCCCCCCCCCCCCCCCCCCCCCCCCCCCCCCCCCCCCCCCCCCCCCCCCCCCCCCCCCCCCCCCCCCCCCCCCCCCCCCCCCCCCCCCCCCCCCCCCCCCCCCCCCCCCCCCCCCCCCCCCCCCCCCCCCCCCCCCCCCCCCCCCCCCCCCCCCCCCCCCCCCCCCCCCCCCCCCCCCCCCCCCCCCCCCCCCCCCCCCCCCCCCCCCCCCCCCCCCCCCCCCCCCCCCCCCCCCCCCCCCCCCCCCCCCCCCCCCCCCCCCCCCCCCCCCCCCCCCCCCCCCCCCCCCCCCCCCCCCCCCCCCCCCCCCCCCCCCCCCCCCCCCCCCCCCCCCCCCCCCCCCCCCCCCCCCCCCCCCCCCCCCCCCCCCCCCCCCCCCCCCCCCCCCCCCCCCCCCCCCCCCCCCCCCCCCCCCCCCCCCCCCCCCCCCCCCCCCCCCCCCCCCCCCCCCCCCCCCCCCCCCCCCCCCCCCCCCCCCCCCCCCCCCCCCCCCCCCCCCCCCCCCCCCCCCCCCCCCCCCCCCCCCCCCCCCCCCCCCCCCCCCCCCCCCCCCCCCCCCCCCCCCCCCCCCCCCCCCCCCCCCCCCCCCCCCCCCCCCCCCCCCCCCCCCCCCCCCCCCCCCCCCCCCCCCCCCCCCCCCCCCCCCCCCCCCCCCCCCCCCCCCCCCCCCCCCCCCCCCCCCCCCCCCCCCCCCCCCCCCCCCCCCCCCCCCCCCCCCCCCCCCCCC